AUGGCUGCCCCUAUUGUAACCCUAAUGGUUGAGAGAGAAGAGACGGUGAUGUCACCUUCAAGGGGUGGACAACCUAUUCGCAGAAAGGCUCGUUUUCUCCUCCCUUCCCUAAAUGUGGAGGAAACCUCACCCACAAUAAUGAUCCCUCAUUCUGCAAACACUGUCCCAAAUGACGAGGUUUUCUUCGAUGGUUGGAGAAAGUGUACAGCACGAUGGGAACAAUGGGUGUCCCAAAUGCGCCCUCUCUACCAACCUAUAUGGGAGAGAGCUGGGAUCGCAGAGGCCAUCACAGGUUCUCUGUGUAACAUCAUACAGCACAAGGAGGUUAUCCUCGAACUCUCCGAUAGAUGGUGCUCCGAAACCAAAUCAUUCAUCUUCCCAUGGGGGGAAGCUACGGUCACCCUUGAAGACGUGGCCGCAAUCGGAGGUUUCAGUCUGGGGGACUUUUGUGUUCUCAAGCCAUUAGAAACUCCCGAUUUGAAGGAGAUUGAAGAUUUGCUGAUAGCGGAGAGAAGGGAAAUAGUCCGCUCCAAAGCAUCCAGAGCUUGUCAAAAGCUUUGGAUGGACAAGUUCAUGGACAGUGGGAGUGAUAUAGAGCAUGAAGCUUUCCUAUCACUUUGGCUGUCCAGGUUCGUUUUCACUGGACCGGCGAUUGACACAGUUCGAACCAAUGUGUUCCCAAUUGCCGUACACCUCUCGAGGGCAACCAGAAUCGCCUUGGCCCCGGCUGUCCUAGCCAGCCUUUAUCGGGACCUUGAUUUGCUUAAACGACGGGAGCAACGUAGCACGCGCAAACCAUCUAAAUCGAGGCGGCCGCCGAAUAAGAUCACACUUUGGGCUCCCUUUCAGCUGGUCCAAGUUUGGAUAUGGGAGAGGUUCGAGUCCUUGAGGCCACAGGGCAUUAGGACAGUGGGGAUGACGGAGCCAAGAAUAUGCAGAUGGCAUACUGCGGGGACCGAAGGCCUUGAAAAGGAAAACAUUGCUCGAGUUUUCAAUGAGAGCGGGAAGAAGUUUGUAUGGAGGCCAUACACGACCCGUGAUUACAAAGGGUUCAUAUCAGAGCUGUAUGGUAAGAAGGUGGUGAGGGUGUUCGACUCGUAUUAUUUGGACAGGGAAGUUCUGGAGGACUUUGUCCGUUGUAUCAGGGUAUCCGAGCUUGUUGGGGUGGAAGUGGAUUGCAUUGAGCAAUAUCUGCCUCAUAGAGUGGGGAUGCAGUUCGGGUUUGAUCAAGACAUUCCCGUAGGUCAAGUUGCUCGUGAAGAUGGAACUUCUGAGAUUGCGUGGAGAUAUUAUGCUCGGCCCAUAGUAGAUCAUGUCAUUAAUGUGCCAACAAGAUUGUAUGAGCCUGAAAUGACCACCAGGUACUACCGUUGUUGGAAGAGAUCCAUAAGGAUUCAUCUUGGGAGGCCACCUAGAAACAGAAAUGAAGUUCAACCACCGGUUGUGAAUCAAGAAAGAACCAGAACUGAUGGAUCAGUGAUGAUUCAACCGUCAACUCGUGAUCUUGCUGCUGCUUCUUCUUCGGCUCAUCAUCAUCCCGGUUCAACAUUGAAUGUAACAAGAGUCCACCCAUUACCCCCGCCAACUGAUCGUGCUCUUGCUGCUGCUUAUGCUGCUGCUGUUGCUGCUUCUUCUUCGGCUCAUCAUCCCGGUACAACAUUGAUUCUAAUAAGAGACCCAUUACCGCCCCCUCCUGGAUUCUCUUCCAGAAUGAUAUAUGCAUUGGACACUCAGAGCGGUGUCAUUCCGAUCCCCUUUCGCCCUCCUCAUCAACCAUAA